CACGAUAAUGUGGUAUCUAUGGGGUCACUUCCAAGUAAUUAUUCUGUUGCCAGUGAUAAAGUUUAUCCAAGUAGCUAUUAUCGUGAUAACAACACUUCUCUUUCCGCAGAAUUACCCAGGAAAUGCGAACGUAUCAGACGGCCAAAGUUUCGAUUUCGUGAUCGUGGGUGGAGGAUCAGCCGGCUGCGUGAUCGCCAACCGACUUACUGAAGCUAACACGAACGUGCUCCUCAUUGAGGCUGGAGAUGACCCUCCAUAUAUUACAGAAAUACCAGGAAUAUCUGUGUUAUUGGGUUCGUCUUUUCCCGAUUGGAAUUACUACACAGAUAACGAUGGCUCUUCUGGCAGUGCCCAUAAAAUGCACAAACUACAUGCUAUCCAAGGGAAAAUGCUCGGGGGGUCAAGCAACGUCAAUUACAUGUAUUACAUUAGAGGAAAUGAAAAGGACUACGAUAAUUGGGCUGAAAGAGGAAAUCUAGGCUGGGAUUGGCGCACUGUUACUGAAUAUUUAGAGAAAAGCAUUUGUCACAUUCCAAAUAACGACACAAACUCUAUUAACGAACCCAGAGGGUGCCUCGGUAUAUCACGACCAUUAUGGAAACAAGAAACAGAGGCAUACUUAAAUGCAUUCAAAGAAAAUGGUCAUGAUAUUUUAGAAGACUUCAACCAGCUUGGAUUUUCAACGGCAAGUUUCACAAUUUACAACCGCCGUCGUCAAAGCACUGCAUUUACAUUCAUCAAACCAAUCAUGAAAAGAAAAAAUUUAUAUUUGCUUAAAAAUACCAUGGCUACUAAAAUAAUUCUCGACAAAAAUAAAAAAGCCAUCGGUGUCGAAGUAAAAUGUAAUGGCGUUAUGAAAAAAAUAUACGCAAAAAAAGAAAUAAUUAUAUCGGCAGGUUCAUUAAGCAGUCCAAAAUUAUUAAUGUUAUCAGGAAUUGGUGCAAAAGAACAUUUAGAAAAAAUUGGUAUUGAAACAAAUGUGAAUUUGCCAAAUGUUGGUGUGAACCUACAAGAUCAUAUGUUAGUGCCUAUAAUUUUAUCCGGUGGAAACAAUUCAACAUUUUUCAUUGAUAACUUUAAUGCUUUAAAACAUGCAGAUAAAUUUCCUGCCGCAACCGUCAUGGGUUUCGUGGCUUUGGACAAGAACCAAAAGUAUCCAGAUUACCAAGUUACGGCGUUUCCGACAUCCAGCGGUUCAUUGCUACCGGCAAUGAUGUGUUCUGAAAUUUUCGAUUGGAAUAAUGAAAUAUGUAUUGCUAUAGCCAACUCCACUACACAGAGAGAUAUUCUGUUUACGUUGGUAUCUUUCCUUCACCCGAAAUCAAGUGGAAAAGUUAGACUUAAAAGUAAAAAACCUGAAGACGGACCAAUAAUAAACACUGGUUACUUUUCUAACGAGGACGACUUAGAAAAAUUUGCGAAAUGCGUUGAUGAUUUCACACGGGUCACCAGUUCAACUUAUUUAAAACAAAUGAAAUCAGAAGUAAUCGAUUUAAAUGUUAAAGAAUGUAAGAAUAUUGAUUUCAGUAGUCAAAAAUACUGGGAGUGUUAUGUUUAUAACUUGGCAGCGUCGCAGUUUCACUUCUCAGGAACCUGUGCUAUGGGCCCUGAAGGAGUGGGGGUGGUUGAUGAGAGAUUGAGGGUCAGAGGUGUGAAAGGUCUUAGAGUAGUUGACGCAAGUAUUAUGCCUUCAAUUGUGAGUGGAAACACAUAUGCUUCAGUGGUAAUGAUUGCUGAAAAGGCGUCUGAUAUGAUUAAAAUAGAUAAUAAAUUAUGACGAAUAUACAGUGAUUUACUAUUCAGGGUAUCGGAGAGUUUUAGUGACAAUGCGGGGUUUGCAAUAAAAAUGUUUUCAAGAGA